AUGCUUAAGUUGGACCACAUGACCACCAUGAACCCCACGUUUCCUCAGCUCAAUGAUACCACCAUGAACCACACGGAGAAGCACUUUGACUUUUACUGUUUGGAGUUCCCAGUAGGCCCUAUGAUUUUGUCAAUCCUGAGUUCACCCUGUGCCUUAGUGGGCGUGCCGGCAAGCGUGUGGCUCCUGUGGACUCUCAUCCAAAGGCAACGAAGCAGUAGCGGUGGAGGCUCCUCCAAAAACAACGACAUCUACAUGCUCCACCUCAGCGUCUUCGACGUGUUGUCCACCACUCAACUUCUUCCGUACACUCUCAAUUUUAAUUUCUGGAGGAACGACCUGUUUAAGAGCGUCCAGGAUUUUAUCUUGGCUCUCAACUUUAUGGGAAGACCUCUGGUGAUGACCUGCAUCUGUUGCGACUGCUACAUGGCUGUGUGCUACCCGAUAUUCUACAUGAGGAUGAAAAGUUCGCACUACACACUACGACUGGUCACGUCUGCAGUGGCCUGGGCUGUUGCCAUUGGGUGGGCAACUCUCACGAUUUUCAUUUUCGUAGCAAAAAUGCCAGACGUCCUCCUGUCAAUCCCCUACUUCCUGACUCUUCCGGUCAUAGUGGGCUGUGACGUUGCCAUCCUGCGCGCCCUGAGGAAGCCGGAUCCUUCCGGAAAGACGGCCGUCCACCCGCAGAAGCAGAGGGCCCUGUUGACCAUCGCACAGAGCCUUGUGCUGACCGUCCUAGUCUUCCUGCCGCCUCUGGUGAUGCUCGGCAUCACGCCUCUCAUACCGCUGACGAAGCAGGAGAGGUUCUGCAGUGUCAUUACGCCGGCUCUCUUCGCUCCAGGACUGGCCAGUAUGAUCAUGCCUCUGAUGCACCUGCAUAGCCUGGGGAGCUUUAGGGACCUGAGAUGGUGUGGGUGUAGAGUAGAGUAG